CCUCCCCUGGCGGAAAGAUGGCGGCCGCCAGCGCUGUCGAGUGAGCGGUGGGAGUUCGCCCCGUCAGGAGCGACUUGGAGCGGGAAGCAUCGAGGUGGGGUCUUCCCUUGCCACAUCCACCCGGGAAGCGCUGGCCCCGUGCGUGGGGAGGGGGAAUCGCGCUUCUCCACGGCUGCUGCUGCCUCUUUCAGCCGUCCUUCGGGAGAAAAGGGGCUUCGGUCGCCUCCUUGGGCUUUCCCUUAAGAACAUAAACCGGAGGGGGGAGGGAAAUUUAGCCAUAAAUUCAUUUAUUUCUUUAUAAUAACAAACUUUAACCGCCCAUCUCAUUCGUGGAGGUUAACAGUAACAAGAGUUGGAAGGGGCCCUGGAGGUCAUCUAGUCCAACCCCCCUGCUCACGCAGGAGACCUAUACUAGUUCGUGGUGACUCUGAGCAGCUUACAAUGUGAAGUAAUAUAUUAGUUUUAUUAUCACUGCCUCCAAAUGUCCCAUUACUUGACAACAUGAUUUGUUGCCCUGUGGCUCUGUCGGAGCCCAGUAAUCCUGGGACUUUCUCUGUUUGAAGAAAUUAGGAUGGAACAUGACAAUCCAACCAUCAAACCUCGUCGGAUCCAGAACCAGAAUGUAAUCUAUCGUUUAGAACGUCGAAGGAUCACCUCUGGCAAAAUUGGGACACAUUGGCACCAAGUCCGCAUUUUUCAUCAAAAUAUUUUCCCCAAUUUUACCGUGGUCAACGUUGAGAAACCACCCUGCUUUUUACGAAAAUUUUCUCCCGAUGGACGGUACUUCAUUGCUUUCUCCUCAGAUCAGACUUCUUUGGAGAUUUAUGAGUACCAGGGAUGUCAAGCGGCAGAGGAUCUACUCCAGGGUUAUGACGGAGAGAUCUUGGCUAAUGGCAACGACCAGCGGUCCAUCAAUAUCCGCGGGCGUCUCUUUGAACGGUUCUUCGUCCUUCUUCAUAUUACCAAUGUGGCCUCCAAUGGGGAGCACUUGAACCGUGAAUGUAGCUUGUUUACAGACGAUUGCCGAUACGUCAUUGUUGGUUCUGCUGCCUACCUGCCUGAGGAGCCCCAUCCUCCCUUUUUUGAGGUUUACCGCAACAGUGAAUCGGUGACUCCUAAUCCCAGGUCACCUUUGGAAGAUUAUUCUUUGCACAUUAUAGACCUACACACGGGUAGGUUGUGUGACACCCGGACAUUCAAAUGUGAUAAAGUCAUCUUAUCCCACAACCAAGGACUCUACCUAUAUAAGAAUAUCUUGGCUAUCCUCUCCGUGCAGCAGCAAACCAUUCAUGUCUUUCAGGUCACUGCUGAAGGUACCUUCAUUGAUGUAAGAACUAUCGGGCGCUUUUGUUACGAGGAUGACCUUCUUAUGCUCUCUGCCGUCUAUCCCGAGGUCCAGCGGGAUUCACAGACAGGAAUGGCCAACCCAUACAAGGAGCCCUUCAUUAAUUCUCUGAAACACAGGCUGUUGGUCUAUUUGUGGCGAAGGGCAGAGCAAGAUGGAAGCGCUAUGGCUAAAAGGAGGUUCUUCCAAUAUUUUGACCAGCUGCGGCAGCUGCGCAUGUGGAAGAUGCAACUGUUGGAUGAGAAUCACCUCUUCAUCAAAUACACAAGCGAGGAUGUAGUCACUUUACGAGUGACGGAUCCUUCACAGCCUUCAUUUUUCGUGGUGUACAAUAUGGUGACUACCGAAGUGAUUGCCGUCUUUGAAAACACAUCGGACGAGCUGCUGGAACUCUUUGAGAACUUCUGCGACCUCUUCCGCAACGCCACCCUCCACAGCGAGGCCGUUCAGUUCCCUUGCUCGGCCUCAAGCAACAAUUUUGCCAGGCAGAUCCAGCGCCGUUUCAAGGACACUAUUGUCAACGCCAAGUACGGUGGGCACACGGAGGCUGUGCGUCGGCUCCUGGGUCAACUUCCAAUCAGCGCACAAUCGUACAGUGGCAGCCCUUACCUUGACCUGUCUCUCUUCAGCUAUGAUGACAAGUGGGUUUCGGUCAUGGAACGUCCCAAAACGUGUGGUGACCACCCAAUCAGAUUUUAUGCCCGAGACUCUGGUCUGCUGAAGUUUGAAAUCCAAGCAGGACUUCUGGGUCGACCCAUCAAUCAUACUGUCCGGCGCCUGGUGGCAUUUACCUUCCACCCUUUUGAACCCUUUGCUAUCUCCGUGCAGCGGACUAACGCAGAAUACGUUGUGAACUUCCACAUGAGGCAUAGCUGCACGUAGUGUUUUGCUCUGCUGUAGACACUGAAUAGAGACAUAUUAUUUUUUUGAGUGUUUUUUCCCAUGGAUACUCCAAAGCCAAAGUCAGGCUGAAAGAAACCAAAACACUAAGGCCUCUUUGGAGCGAUGCUGUUUUUAAUCCUGCGGUGUUUGAAUCUCGCAGGGCUGAUGGUGCUGACGUCUCGCAAUUUCUUUUUUCUCAGGUGUUAGCCAUUCUUCCGUCAUUCAGCACAAACCAAACUGAUUAUUUUGUAAAGUUCUCUGCUCUGAUACGUGACUUAUUACUACAUCUACUACUGCUGCUGCUAUUUAGUAGGAGGGAUGAGCGGGCGGGGUGGGGGGAGAGCUUCAGCUGAAUAAGCAACAGGAAACCCAUUUGUAGCAAGCCAUUUCUUAUUUUCCUCUCUCUCUCUCUCUUGGAAUAGAGGGAUAAAAAUCCUUCUAUCACUACCGUGUUUCAAGAAGCUUGACAGUGAGAACAAGUAAUCGAUGGAACAGCUUGCCGCCAGAUGUUGUGAAUGCUCCAACACUGGAAGUUUUUAAGAAGAGGUUGGAUAACCAUUUGUCUGAAUUGGUGUAAGGGUUUCCUGCCUAAGCAGGGGGUUGGACUAGAAGACCUCCAAGGUCUCUUCCAACUCUGUUAUUCUGUUAUUCUAAAUUGCUGGCUUGGUUGGUUCCUUAGUGAGAGAUAGGGAUACAAUGCCUGCUUUUAUACAGGCAGGGGAGACAAUGGGAUAAAAUGCUUUCGUAUAAACACUUUAGGGCAGGGGUCUCCAACCUUGGUCCCUUUAAGACUUGUGGACUUCAACUCCCAGAAUCCCUCAGCCAGCAAAGCUGGCUGAGGAACUCUGG